GUUCCUAGUUGUUACCGUCACAGGGUUAGCUGGCAGCAGUCACAUGAUUUGGAGAGAUUGACGGGGGUUGUGUUUCCUGAUAUAUCAUGCCUUCCACUCAGCAGUCUCCCCAGGAUGAGCAGGAAAAGCUCCUGGAUGAAGCGAUUCAGGCCGUGAAGGUCCAGUCCUUUCAGAUGAAGCGCUGCCUGGACAAGAACAAGCUUAUGGAUGCUCUGAAACAUGCCUCAAACAUGCUUGGAGAGCUGAGGACUUCCAUGCUGUCACCAAAGAGUUAUUACGAACUCUACAUGGCCAUUUCUGAUGAACUGCAUUACCUGGAGGUCUACUUGACUGAUGAGUUUGCUAAAGGCAGGAAGGUGGCAGAUCUCUACGAACUAGUUCAGUAUGCAGGAAACAUCAUCCCAAGGCUUUACUUGCUGAUCACUGUGGGUGUGGUGUACGUCAAGUCGUUUCCACAGUCUCGCAAGGAUAUCCUGAAGGACCUGGUGGAAAUGUGCCGAGGAGUGCAGCAUCCGCUUCGAGGCCUUUUCCUCAGAAACUACCUUCUGCAGUGCACCAGAAACAUCCUGCCAGACGACGGGGAACAGCCAGAAGAGGAGACUACUGGAGACAUCAACGACUCGAUGGACUUUGUGCUCCUGAACUUUGCAGAGAUGAACAAGCUGUGGGUUCGAAUGCAGCAUCAGGGUCACAGCAGAGACCGGGAGAAGAGGGAGCGAGAGCGUCAGGAGCUGAGGAUUCUUGUCGGGACCAACCUGGUCCGUCUGAGCCAGUUAGAGGGAGUUAAUGUGGAGAAAUACAAACAGAUUGUGCUGUCUGGGAUCUUGGAGCAAGUGGUAAAUUGCAGAGAUGCCCUCGCUCAAGAAUACCUCAUGGAAUGUAUUAUUCAGGUCUUUCCUGAUGAGUUUCAUCUUCAGACCCUCAAUCCUUUCCUGAGAUCGUGUGCUGAGCUGCACCAGCAUGUGAAUGUCAAAAAUAUCAUCAUUGCUCUGAUUGACAGGCUUGCAUUGUUUGCUCACCGAGAGGAUGGCCCGGGAAUUCCAGUUGACAUUAAACUGUUUGAUAUUUUCUCGCAACAAGUAGCUACUGUUAUCCAGUCGAGACAGGACAUGCCAUCAGAGGAUGUGGUUUCAUUGCAAGUGUCCCUCAUCAAUCUGGCUAUGAAGUGCUAUCCUGACCGGGUGGACUAUGUUGACAAAGUUCUGGAGACAACUGUGGAAAUCUUUAACAAGCUAAACCUUGAACAUAUUGCAACCAGCAGUGCAGUAUCAAAAGAGCUGACAAGACUGCUAAAGAUCCCCGUCGACACCUACAACAACAUUGUGACGGUUCUGAAACUGAAACACUUCCAUCCUCUGUUUGAGUACUUUGACUAUGAAUCUCGGAAGAGCAUGAGUUGCUACAUCCUGAGCAAUACUCUAGAUUACAACACGGAGAUAAUCGCACAGGAGCAGGUGGAUGCCAUCUUGAGCUUAGUGUCGACCCUGAUCCAGGACCAGCCAGACCAGCCCGCGGAGGAUCCUGAUCCAGAAGACUUUGCAGAGGAGCAGAGUCUUGUUGGCAGGUUCAUUCACCUGCUUCACUCUGAGGACCCCGACCAGCAAUAUUUGAUCCUUAACACAGCCAGGAAGCACUUUGGGGCAGGUGGGAACCAGAGGAUUCGAUACACACUACCCCCUUUGAUAUUUGCAGCCUAUCGGCUUGCUUUCCGGUACAAAGAGAACUCAAAAGUGGAUGACAAGUGGGAAAAGAAGUGCCAGAAGAUCUUCUCGUUCGCCCACCAGACCAUCAGUGCUCUUAUCAAAGCAGAGCUGGCUGAGCUGCCGCUCCGACUCUUCCUGCAGGGGGCGCUGGCAGCCGGAGAGAUUGGCUUUGAGAAUCACGAGACGGUGGCGUACGAGUUCAUGUCGCAGGCAUUUUCUCUUUAUGAGGAUGAAAUCAGUGAUUCUAAGGCCCAGCUGGCAGCAAUCACGCUGAUAAUUGGAACAUUUGAGCGGAUGAAAUGUUUCAGCGAAGAGAACCAUGAACCUUUAAGGACACAGUGUGCACUGGCUGCUUCAAAACUACUUAAGAAGCCUGAUCAGUGCCGUGCUGUCAGCAUCUGUGCACAUCUCUUCUGGUCUGGUCGAAACACCGACAAGAAUGGAGAAGAGAUUCAUGAUGGAAAGAGAGUGAUGGAGUGCUUGAAGAAAGCUCUGAAGAUUGCCAACCAGUGCAUGGACCCAUCAUUGCAAGUCCAGCUCUUCAUUGAAAUCCUAAACAGAUACAUCUACUUUUAUGAAAAAGAAAAUGAUGCGGUGACAGUACAAGUCUUAAACCAGCUCAUUCAGAAGAUAAGAGAAGAUAUUCCAAACCUAGAGGCCAGUGAGGAAGCCGAGCAAAUUAACAAACACUUUCACAACACACUGGAGCAUUUGCGCCUGCGGAGAGAGUCCCCUGAGGCCGAUGGACCGAUCUACGAAGGUCUUGUUCUGUAAAACGGGAUUCAAAGAAAUGCAUGUGGCACAAAUUAAACUAUUCCAUCCAGUGGUUCCCUGCCCCCAGCUGCCAUGUCUUUAUCAACCUUGCCAUUCUAGAAUUAGUUUUUUGUAGAGCGUGCCUUUAAAAGGUGCCAGGAAUAUAAGGGUACUACAUUACUUAUUCGGGCCUAGCACUUCUCACACAAGCAUUCCUUGACGAAAACAAGAAUUAGUGUUGAGUUAAUAUCAGGCACCUAAUGUCCAAUUCAUUCCAAGCUCAUUGUCCAUGCAGCUCAUCUCAAUUAGUAAUAUUAUGACAUCCUAAUGACACCUUUUUGCAUUCUGUGUUGCUUCUGUAUGACAUGCGUAAUCUACUGUUGUGUUCUAGAGUGGCAAAAAAAUAUGCUUUCUUUAUUUUGUAGAAUACCUGCUGCUUCAGAAUAGUACAGUUUUUGGGACAAUUUAUUUAUUUUGUUCUAUUUGUGGGAUUCUGUCGGCAUUCUUCAUUUAAUGCAAGCUACUUUUAUGUUGUCCAAAUUAAAAUGCAUGUAUGCAUAAUUUACACCUGGUUCAAAACAGAAGAUUUGUGCUGUAAAAAAAAUGUGUGUAUGGUCCACUUAGAACUGGAGUGAAUGUUCCAGCUAUAACUUUCAUGUAUCUGCAUAUAUAAGGUCUAUUUUGGUCCUAAAAAAAAAAAUACUUAUUUGGUUUUGAUUUUUUUUUUUUUUUUACUUUUUGAUCUAAAUAGUGUAUGAACCUUUAUUGUAAAUCCAGUAAAAUCCAUCUAGUAUCCCUAGUAUCCCAUUAUAGUAUCCCAUUAUAUGCACAAAUAAACAAAUUGCAAUGAACCAUUUAAUUUGUUACAACAAUCUAAAUACUUUGUACUUUGUUGUAGUCUUGUUUUAUAAAACCUCUAACAUAGCUGCUUUGUGAAUAUGUUUAACUAAUUUCCUUGGACACGUCGAAAUGCUUUGAAAUGUAGAAACUGUUUAUUCGCUUUACUAAGUAUGGGUGAAUGAAUAAGUUUAAAGAUAUUUGCAAAUAAUUUUCUAUGUGUCCUCCUUUUGUGAUAUUUGCCUCCUUGAGCGAGUAUGUCUUCACCCUGCCAAACGUAUAGCAUCAAACCUAAAUAUAAUAUUGCUGCAUUAUCAAAGUGAUGCAGUCUUCAAAACUUGUUUUGAACUUUUGUUCUUAGGUUUUUAAUGAAUUAUUUGUUUUUUUUAGCUUGGAGGAAAGAAUUACAUUUGAUAUAAGCUGGUUCUUUGUUGUAGUGACACUAACGCCUGUUACAACAACUCAUCUCCACAGUAACUACUCCUCGGUCAUGCAAAGAUUAUAUACAUAAUCAUCUAUUGAACUGGCUAAACAGAAUAUAAUUCCUGUAAAUAUUGAGUGGAUUUUCUUUGAAUAUUUUAGCUAUUGAUAUUCUAAUCAUAUUCGCCCUGUUAAGAAGAUUGUACUGAUGUAAAUUACCCAAUUAACCCUCAUACAUAAUCACAAACCUCA